AUGCAGAGAGUGUUACUACUUGUUUGCUGCGUUUAUAUGGCUACGGCUGCAACAACAACAAACCGACCGCAGCAUUCCACCCAUACCCAUCGUCCACACUCUCACGGAACGCGCCCCACUCACGAGGCAUCAGUGGGAGAAUCGUUCUCAUUCUACUACGACUAUCACACGCAUAUUUUGUCAGUAAGAUCUGGACAUACGUGUUAUCUGUAUAAAACAAGUCCACAGGAACAGAUGGACGUUCAUUCUUCACAUGGACUUCAUUCAAUUGAGAAAAAUGUCAUUGAUAUCAUCGACUCCAAUCCAACUAUGGUCUCCAUAACACACGAUGCUCUGGUUGCCAUGCAUGCAGCACUUGGACACAUAUGUAACCCGAAGCGCUACACCAAUAUCUAUCAGAUUAACUAGUUCGC